AUGGAAAAAUGGUUAUUAACAUAUUUAAUUGCAACUUUUUUUUGUCUUAUUUUUGGAGGCAAAGAUCCUAAGAAUGUUGUAAAAACUAAGUAUGGUGUUGUUAAAGGAAUUUCAUAUAACUAUUUUGAUAAUGUUGUUAAUGAAUACCUUGGAAUUCCAUUUGCUCAACCUCCCGUUGGUAAAUUGAGAUUUAAACCACCAAAAUCAUUAAAAAAACCGGCAUGGAAAGGAACAUUUAUGGCAAAUAAAUUAGCAAAUUCAUGUGCAGCUGAAGUUAUAGCAACAGGUUUUGAAGGUUAUGAUUUUUGGAAUCCAACAAAUAAAGUUUCUGAAGAUUGUCUACAAUUAAAUAUGUGGGUUCCAAAAGAAAAAACAGGUGCCGUUAUUGUUUAUAUAUACGGUGGAGCAUUUUAUUCAGGAUCAGCUUCUUUAGAUGUUUAUAAUGGUUCUGUUUUAGCAGCCAAGACUAAAACAAUAGUUGUUAAUCUCAAUUAUCGUCUUGGAGUUUUAGGUUUUGGUUAUUUAGAAGGAUCAAAAGAUAUUCCUGGAAAUAUGGGACUUUUAGAUCAACAAAUGGGUUUAAAAUGGGUAUACGAAAAUAUUGAAAAUUUUGGUGGUGAUAGAAAAAAAAUAACUAUAUGGGGUGAAAGUGCUGGUUCUGUUUCUGUUAAUGCACAUUUGUAUGCUCCAGAUAGCGCAAAAUAUUUUCAACGUGUUUUAUCUAAUUCAGGUAUUGUUGAUAAUGUUUGGGGAAAAUAUUCAAAUAAGUAUGUUUCUUAUGCAACAAGAGAAGUAGCAAAAAAAUUAAAAUGCAAAAGUGGUAAUAAAAAUAUUGUAAACUGUUUAAUUAAAGCUAAGGUUAAUGAUAUUAUAAAAGCUGGUUCUGAAGUUCAAGCAUCUAGUCAAACAAUUUUCCAUUUCGUUUUUUCUCCUAUUGAAAAAGACUCUUUGUUUUUCAAAGGAAAUGUAACACAAAAGAUAGAUAAACAUCAAAUGAAAAAAGAUGUUGAUCUUUUCAUUGGAAAAACAUCUAAUGAAUUUACAUAUUUUUUGCCAUCAUACUUUUCAGAUGAAAAAACUUUUGGUUGUGGUUAUGAUAUUAAAUAUAAAGCAUCAUCACAAAAAAAUUCUUGUGAUAUGAAAAAAAUUCAUUAUAAUAAAGUAAUAGAUAUUGUAUCUUCACAAUUAAAACUACCACCAAAUAUUACUAAAAAAUUAAGCAAAAUGUAUAGAAAAUGUGGAAGAAAAUAUAGAGAUAGUGCUGCUAGAUUUUUAGGUGAAGUAUAUUUUGAUUGUGAUAUAUUAAAAUAUAUUAUAAAUAUUUCUGGAAUUAUUAAUGGGCGUAUUUACUACUAUGAAUUCAAAGUAGUAUCAAGUGCUAAUCCUUGGCCAAAAUGGAUGGGUGCUAUGCAUGGAUAUGAACUUGAAUAUGAAUUUGGUAUGCCAUUUAGAAAACCAGAAGUAUAUGAAAAAAGAAAAAUAAAAAAAGAAAAGAAAUUUUCUGAGCAUUUUAUGAAGUUAAUUUCAAACUUUGCUAAAUCAGGUAUUCCAUCUACAAAAUGGAAAGAAUUUACUUCAAAUAAGCAAGUUGGAGCUUUGCUUGUUCAUCAAUUAAGUUAUAGAAGUAUCAGACAUAAGAAAAAACUUUUAACAAAAACGUGUAAAAUUUUAUCACCUUACAUACCAAGACGUAUAAUUUAA